GUAGUGGUAGACUGUAGGGUUCAUGUGAUCAGUCACAUGACAGCAGAUCUGCUGAGAGACGGAAUGGGACUCGGAGCCUGCCUCCUAGGGCUCUUGGCCCUCUGCGUCGUGGGCAGAUGCAGUUACAGCCCGGAGCCGGACCAGCAGCGGACGCUGCCCCCAGGAUGGGUGUCCCUGGGCCGUGUGGACCCUGAGGAAGAGCUGAGUCUCACCUUUGCUCUAAGACAGCAGAACCUGGAAAGACUGUCCAAACUGGUUCAGGCUGUGUCGGAUCCCGGCUCUCCUCGCUACGGAAAAUACUUGACCCUGGAGGAUGUGGCUGAACUGGUCCGGCCCUCACCACUGACCCUCCGCACGGUCCAAAAAUGGCUCCUGGCGGCUGGAGCCCGGAACUGCCACUCAGUGAUCACACAGGACUUUCUGACCUGCUGGAUGAGUGUUCGACAGGCAGAGCUGCUGCUCUCUGGGUCUGAGUUUCACCGUUAUGUGGGGGGACCUGCAGAGACCCGUGUUGUAAGGUCCCUACGUCCCUACCAGCUCCCGAAGGCCUUGGCCUCCCAUGUGGACUUUGUUGGGGGGCUGCACCGCUUUCCCCCCACAUCAUCCUUGAGGCAGCGCCCUGAGCCACAGGUGGCAGGGACUGUUGGCCUGCACCUGGGGGUGACCCCAUCCGUGAUCCGUGGGCGAUACAACUUGACAGCACAAGACGUGGGCUCUGGCACAACCAACAACAGCCAAGCCUGUGCCCAGUUCCUGGAGCAGUAUUUCCAUGACUCAGACCUGGCUGAAUUCAUGCAUCUCUUUGGUGGGAACUUUGCACACCAGGCAUCAGUAGCCCAGGUGGUUGGACAACAGGGCCGGGGCCGGGCUGGGAUCGAGGCCAGUCUCGAUGUGGAGUACCUGAUGAGUGCUGGCGCCAACAUCUCCACCUGGGUCUACAGUAACCCCGGCCGGCAUGAGUCACAGGAACCCUUCCUGCAGUGGCUCCUGCUGCUCAGUAAUGAGUCAGCCCUGCCACCUGUGCACACCGCGAGCUACGGAGACGACGAGGACUCCCUCAGCAGCGCCUACAUCCAGAGGGUCAACACUGAGUUCAUGAAGGCUGCUGCUCGGGGUCUUACCCUGCUCUUUGCCUCAGGUGACAGUGGGGCCGGGUGUUGGUUUACCUCUGGAAGACACCAGUUCCGUCCCAGCUUUCCUGCCUCCAGCCCUUAUGUGACCACGGUGGGAGGCACGUCCUUCAAGAAUCCUUUCCAAGUCACAACUGAGGUUGUUGACUAUAUCAGUGGCGGCGGCUUCAGCAAUGUGUUCCCACGACCUUCAUACCAGGAGGAAGCUGUAGCCAAAUUCCUGAGCUCCAGCCCCCAGUUGCCACCAUCCAGUUACUUCAAUGCCAAUGGACGUGCCUACCCAGAUGUGGCUGCACUCUCUGAUGGCUAUUGGGUGGUCAGCAACCGCGUGCCUAUCCCAUGGGUGUCUGGCACCUCGGCUUCUACUCCAGUGUUUGGAGGGAUCCUAUCCCUGAUAAAUGAACACAGAAUCCUCAAUGGCCGCCCCCCUCUUGGCUUUCUCAACCCAAGGCUCUACCAGCAGCAUGGGGCAGGACUCUUUGAUGUAACCCGUGGCUGCCAUGAGUCCUGUCUGAAUGAAGAGGUGCAGGGUCAGGGUUUCUGCUCUGGCCCUGGCUGGGAUCCUGUGACAGGCUGGGGAACACCCAACUUCCCAGCUUUGCUGAAGACAUUAAUCAACCCUUAACCCUCUCCUGGUGGGAGAGGGCCUAUCCCCUGUCCCACAGCUGGUAGCUUGUUUCCUUAUUCUGCACUGUUGGAAGCCCUGCUGACCCCUCACCUGUUGACUGCUGCAGACAGCUUACAUCCCUAACCGUGAAGUGCUGUGAGCAUGACUUGACUCCCAACCUUACCCUGCUCCAUCAUCUAGGUCUCCCUGCUCCUGCCUCAGGUUCCUCUACAUAUGCUAUAACCAGUAGUGUUUGGGAGCACACCCCACCCCCCAUUCCUUCUUUCUCUUUGCAACCAGGCUUUUCCUAAGGGUUGUCUACAGUCUGUGUACACAAUUUUACUUUGUGUUUCCAUCUCAAUUCAUUUCAAUGAGACCUCAGUUCUCAAUUUUUACUCUUUCCUCCCCUGACACAGAAACAAUGGUCUCCCUGCUGCUUCAUCACGUGCACUCCUCCCAAUCUUUACUUUAUGGCCCUCUGUCACAGUUGCCCACUCCCUCUCUUUCCUUAGCUUCUAGGGCUUAACUUCUUUCCUGACCAUUCCCUCUUCCUCCUCCUCUUUCUCUGCUUCCUCAUUGAUGUACUUCACUACUGCGUCCUUAUUUAGUCGUUUGCUCUCACUAUCCAUUGUCCCCUGGAACAAAUCAAUGACUGGCAUGCACAGCCAUCACCAUCUUACUAAAUCUGACUUUCUAUCCAACAGUGAUUGAUACCUCAAAUGCAAGAUGUGCAGUUCUCAAUACUUCAUCACUCUUCUUCCUUCCCAAUCCUUUUAUUUCUUCUUGAUAAAUAAAUAUACUAUGCUUUUUCCAACCAAGCCAGAGAGCUAAGUGUCAUUCUAGACUCCCAUUUCCAUCACCUCCCCCCCACCCCCUGCUUCAAUUAACAAGUCCUGCUGACUUCACCUCUUCAAUGUAUCUUUAUCAAUCCACAAGUCCUGCCAGUUAUAUUUCCUAUGUAUAUCUAGAACUCAUCUACUUCACUCCACCUCCACUGCUACUACAUUAGCUUAAAGCCACGUUCUCUCCCCUUUGAAUGGUAGGCUCUUGCAAAAAGUGACCUUUCUUCCUGCCCUUUCCUAAACCAUCUUCCAGAGAUAAAAUGAAAAUCACAUCAAGUCAGUUACUUGAUUAAGGCCCUUCAAAGAUUAUUGGAUAAAGUUUAGGCUUUUUAUCAUGACUCACAAACCUGCCCCCUUCCUUGAUAUUUGUUCCUGAGGAACAAAUUGUUUAUCCUCCCCUACUCUUCCCUCAAAUAUAUUCUUCCACUUUUGCUCAAGAUAUUCCUUGCCCUUAACACUACCCCUGACUCCCCUUUGCUUGAUUGAUGUCAAGGAUUCUUUCCAGACUCAGUUCAGAAGCCACCUUCUCUUGUGAACUGUUGGCUCCCUGAAGCUGGUUGAUUUGGGUAUAGUACUAAAGUCCUGGAAUUUUGAAGCCAAACCUGUUUGAUUCUUGCUUCUAAUACAGACUAGUGGAGAGCCUUGGGCAACUAAGUUCACCUCCCUGAGCCUUUUCCUCACGUGGUAAGUGGGGAUAUCUAUACCUGUCUCUCAUAACUAUCAGUGAAUAAUUAAAUGGAACAAAGGUGAUAGAGUGCCUGACACAAAAGUAGGCAGCAGAUGUUCAUGCCCUUCGUUUUUUGCACUGCACACUCUGUGUCUACCUCCAGUAUUGUAACUCCCACCAAGUAUUGGAAUUGCCACUUGACCUGUUUGCCUCCCUUUCCAAGACCGGUAGUGCCUAGAGGACUAGAAUCUUGUUUUACUUAACUCUGUAUUCCCAGGCCCCUAGCUCAGGAUUGGCAAAUAGGAAUUAAAUAAAUGUUUGCUACUUCAAGAACCUCA